AUGCCAUACAUGCUGGUAUGCUCGCAAAUCCCUAUUGAGGAUGGUCCAACAACUAUUGGGAAUAUAGACAUCGACUCAGCUUUAGCGGAGAGACUUGAAGCCCAGCCGUCCCGCAUGUUCUUUACAAUAACGUACCUCACCAAUCUGGGCCCACAGGUUGUGCUUAACAUAUUGGAGAGAGAAGGUUGGAAGGUUAUCGGUGUGGCAGGCACUGGUAAUGCAUGCAUAUGGACUUUGCAUAGACAGUGA